AAUUGGUUUUUGUCAAUUUACGGUGCAAGUACUGGAUGUAAACGAUAAUGCGCCACAAUUUGAUCGAGCAUCUUAUGAAACAUCGAUUUCAAGAAGUGUUGCUGCUGGUUACUCAGUGGUGACAGUUUUCGCGGAUGAUGCGGAUGCUCCACAGAACGCUCGCAUUACUUAUUCACUGUCUGAGGAUGCAUCAGCUGGAAAGGAGCACCGUAAAGACGCGAGCUUCUUCCGGAUUAUCAAUGAAAAUAGCGGCGAAAUAACACUCGUCAAUCAAAUCCCUUCGCACAAAGAUCGUUUCAUAUUCAACGUGAUUGCUGAUGAUAACGGGAAACCUGUUUCGCAGCGAAGUACGGUACAAGUGGUUGUAAACGUACACGAAAAACAACAAAGCGCUCCGCAAUGGCAAACUAACGGUGAAUGCAAGACAGUGGUUACAGUGGACGAGGACAUUCCGAUCAAUUCUGUGUUACUGCGUUGUUUAGCAAUUCCUGGUGAUGGUUCCAGGAGUCCAAUUUCAUACAAUUACUCACCGUUUAAAGUUGCCAACCAUUUUUCGUUGCCAACCAAAAUAACCAAAACCCCAAACACUAAGUGCUUUUUUUGCAGAAUGGCAAAUGGAGCUAGCCGUGGUACCAAUAAUGAAAAACAUUUUCGGGAAUUUUUGGAAAAAACUGAUGGCCGUGACUGGGUUGUGGUACGAAAUAUGGUCGGUUUGGAUUACGAACAGCAGCAAAAUUAUACACUUACAUUAUCUGCUAUGGUGGGUUCAGUUCUUACUGUAAUGCUACUAACAAUUUAUACACCUAAUUAA